CUGGACUACCAAUAAAUUCUAAAGGAUUAGAUAUUGAUAAUUAUGUUGUUCAAGCAUUUAUAUUUCAAUUAGAAGAAUCUAGUAUUGAAUUAAAAAAUACAAGAAAAAAAUUACAUGAGUCUCUUGAAACAAUAGAUAAACUUCACAAACAGCUUGAAGAAAUUUCAAAUUCAAGCAAUAAUGAAAGUACUAAUAAUUCAAUAAAUUCAGAAUCUUUAUCAUGUAUAUUUGAAGAACUUAUUAGUAAAGAAAAACUUGGCUUAUUAAUUUUACCUGAAGUUUGUUGGAUUGUAGAAAAUCCAGAUCUUGAAAUUAGUGAACCAAAUUUAACUACCUAUAAUAAUAUACAAUAUAAAAAUUUAGAAAAAACAAGUGCAAAUGAGGCAAUUAAUUAUUUAAAAUUAAACUAUUCUGAUAAAAAAACUAAUUAUCCAAAAUCUUUUGCAGCCUGUCAUGUAUUAGCAGUAUUGUAUAAUAAUGUUGGUUUAUUAGAAAUGUUAAAUAUUGUUAGAAGUGCUGGUGAUUUAUAUGAAUUUUCAGAUUAA